AUGGCUAAAAAAAUGAUGCUUGAAGAAAAGCGUACCAAAAUGUUGGAACUUUUUGAUAAAUACAAAACAUUUUUUAAAAUCCAAGAACUGGAAAAACUAGGAAGUAAAGAGAAGGGGAUAGUAGAAAAUACUAUUAAAGAUGUAGUAUUAGGAUUAUUUUAUGAUGAUCUUAUAUGUGGAGAGAAAGUAGGCACUAGUACUUAUUAUUGGUCUAAUUACAAUAAAAAAUUACUUGAAGAUAUAAAAAAAAUAAAUAGCAUAGAUGCAGAAAAUAAAGAUCUUAGAAAUAAAAUUGAAAAUAUAAAAAAUAGCAUAGAAAUAGAAAAAAUAAAUAAAAAAGUUACUAAUGACAGAAUUAAUAAAAUUAAUGAUAAAGAAAAUUUAAGUAAUAGAUUAGAAUUUAUGAUGGAAGAUUUAGAAGAUUUUAGUGAGUUAUCUAAAGAUCAAUUUUUAGAGGUACAGAAAAAAGACAUUGAUCUUGUGAAUGAGGUUAAUAAAGUUACAGAUAAUAUUUUUAUAAUACAAGAUUAUGUAAGUAAGAAGUUUAAUAUGGAUAAGAAAGAAGUAAAUAAAACAUUUUAUAUUGAUGAUGAAAUGGAUUAUGUUACAUUAAAAUAA